AUGUCAGCCACGACUGUCGAUGGCUCUGAUGUUUCGCUUGGUAAGUACUUGAAAAUUCAACCACAAAUCCUAAUUAUUUGUUUAUUGCUGUUGCAGUGUGAAAAUAUAAAUCAUUCGCUAUAGUGCUAUAGCUUGACUGUGAUUUGUUGGUUUUAAACCUUCCUGUCCUUUAGUUCGAAGAAACUGUGAUUGCACUGUGUUGCAAUAUCUUUUUUUUUUUUUGAUUUGACAAUUUUUAUUUUGCAUUAAAGAGGCAUGGGGGAGGGGGGGGUACAAAAGGCAAAAAGGGGGGGGGGAAGUCAUGCAGUUCGUCUUGAGAGUAUCAUGGAUACAGUGGGGUGGCAUGGGGUGCAGUGCAUACACAAGACAUUUCAGUGUCGAGUAGUUUAUUACACAAGUUAGUUGACCUGUUGUGCCCAAGAUUUGUAUGGUUUCAUAGUGAUUAUACAUCAGCGUAACUUCAGGGUCACAUGCCACCACUUCCUGGUCCAAGUGACCUUGUCUCAUAUUCAAAUUCUUGUCGCUCAGUGGUGGUUCCGUAAGGUGCGGGUUGGUGGGGGCAGGUUGGGUCGGGGGGGGGGGGAAAGGGGAGGGGGUAGGGUGUGUGCGUGUGGGGCGUGUUGUGUUGGUGUGUGAUUGGUGGGGGUAUGUGGUGUGCAUACUGAUGUGUGUCUCAGUGGGUAUGUGUGUGGGCCAGCCAGUCAGGGUGUGGAGGUUACGUGUUCCUCCAGUCGGGGAGGUGCGUUGUCUUGGUCGCAUGGUUGUGGAUGUCUUGUGGGUCAGCUUGGUUUGGUUUUGUCCCAUAGGACCCAUGCUUUGGUCCAGAAGGGUUCGCUCCGUCUGGAUUUCCGUGCUGCAUUUUCAUAAGCCUUGUUUGUUUCCACCGCCUCAAUGCAUUGGUGGAUCGUUGGGGCGAUUGUUUGUUUCCACUUCCUGCUUAUGACAGUGAGGGCUGCUAUACAGAUGUGGUAUAGCAGAUAUUUGGUGUGGAUUUGGGGUGUUUGGGGGAGCAGAAGCAAUAGGAAUAGCUCCGGUGUCUGGGGAAUGUGUGUCUGGGUGCAUCGUUUCGUUAAAUCUAGGACUUGUGUCCAGUACUGUUGUAGGAGUGGGCAUUGCCACCAUAUGUGUAGGAAGGUUCCUCGGUCUCUUUGGCAGCGCCAGCAUGUGUCGGAUGCUGUGGGGUAGCAAUGUUUUAGUUUCGUGGGGACUAGAUACCAACGGUAGAGAAGUUUGCGUGAGAGUUCCAUGUGUGACAUGCAGAGGGUCAUUUUUUUGUUCGCUUGGAAGAUAUCCAGCCAUUUCUCAUCUGUAAGUUUGUAUCCUAGAUCUCGUUCCCAUUUUUCUUGGAAUGGUGUGGGCUUUGCUUGAGUGUCUAUAUGUUCUGAGGUAUAGAUCAAUGAGAUUAGUUUUGUUGCCGGUUUUGUCUUUGUGCAUAUUUCUGUUAUUUUAAGCCAGUGUGGAUCCGGUGGGUUCUUGUGUCUUCUUGGUUUGUGGAGGUUUGUCCAAGAUUGUAGUUGAUUGUAGGAGAAGUUUGCGAUCAUGGGCAUUUUGAACUCUCGGCAGAUGUCAGGGAAUGGUUUGAGGCUGUCGCCCUGUAGUACUUGCGACAGUGUGAGAACACCGUGUCGGAGCCAGAGUUUGUGGUUGAAGUUUGGGAUGUGUUGUCGUACUGCUUCUAUGGGGGUUGCUGGUGCUAGAGGCGAUAUGUUCUCUCUUCCUGCGGUAGUUGUCCCAUAUUGAAAGGGUCGUGGCCGUUGUUGGAAGCAUUGCUAACUUACAGGGCCGUCGGUUUGCCGGUAGCCAGGCUAGUGUGGGAAGUGUGAGCCCUUCGGUUUUAGAUGCUUCCAGUUCGACCCAAGGCAAGGGGUUUGUAUGGUUUGAAGCCGCGAGGAGUGGAGCUAUCUGUGCUGCUCUGUAGUAUUUUUUAAUGUCUGGUAGUCCCAUUCCUCCCUUGGCGUGUGGUUUGAACAUCGUGCUGAGGGACACCCUAGGUUUUUUGUAGUCCCAUACAAAGUCAUUCAGGAUGCGUUGUAGAUCUUCCAAGUACUUGUUCGAGAUCUUGAGCGGGAGUGUGCGGAACAGGUAUUGAAUCUUCGGUAAUAUCACCAUUUUAAUAGAGGCUAUCCGGCCGGGCCAAGAUAUAUAUAUGCCUUUCCAGCUUAGUAGUAGGUUCUUGAUUUCUGUGGUUAGUUUUGCAUAGUUUGCUUUAUACAACGAGGUUGUGGAGGGGGUGAGUAGGAUCCCUAGAAAUUUGAGGUGGUCUUGUCUCCAGUCGUAAGAGAAACUGGCUUUGAGGGUGGUCAUUUCCUGAGUUGUGACAUUGAUGCCCAUAGCUAGGGUUUUUGAGAUAUUCAGUUUAUAGUAGGAGCAGGUGCUGAAUUUGGAAAGGAUUUUGUGGAAGUUGGGUAGGGAGAUAUGCGGUUGUUCUAGGGUGAGGAGUAUGUCGUCCGCAAAUAAUGACAGUUUGUAUUCCCUACUUCCAAUUUUAAUACCGUGUAUACUCGGAUUGUCUCUUAUCGUUUGUGCGAGGGGUUCUAGUGAUGAAAUGUAAAGCAACGGGGAGAGGGGGCAGCCUUGUCUAGAGCCGUUGGAUAUAUUAAAGGGUUUGGAGAUAAAGCCACCGUUAACCACUCUGGCAGUUGGUGAGGAGUAGAGUGCGGUGAUGAUCGACAGGAAUUGUGGGGGAAAUUCAAAUUUUUUAAGUACUGCAAUGAGAAAGGGCCAGUGGAGCCUGUCAAAGGCUUUCUCAGCAUCUAGCGAGAGUAGGACGCUUGGGGUUUUAUUUCGUUGUAUCUCGUAAAGAAGAUCUAGGGUUUUCCUUGUGCCAUCUGCCCCCUGUCUGCCUCCUACGAAUCCUACCUGAUCCGACUGGAUCAGGGAGGGAAUAAUGUGUGAUAGUCUGUUAGAGAAGAUCUUUGCUAUGAUUUUGAUGUCAGUGUUUAGUAGUGAUAUGGGACGGAGGUUCUGGCAUCUGUUAGGGGUUUUCCCUGGUUUGGGUAGGGUGGCAACGUGGGCCAUCAGCAUCUCGCAUGGCAGUUUGCCUGUUUGUAUGGCAUGGUUGUAUAUUUUCAAUAGAUAUGGUGUUAGGAUUGGUGCAAAUUGUUUGUAAUAGGUAUUGGACAAGCCAUCCGGGCCUGGUGAUUUCCCCGAUGGUAAGGAGGAUAUGGUGUCUAGAAUUUCUUGUGUGGUGAUCUGUGUUUGUACAUCGUGUUUUUGUGCGGUAGAUAGGGUAGGGAGCUGAAUAUCCGCUAGAAAGUCAGUUAUUUCCGUUGGUGUUGGUUGGUGUAAUGUCGGAUCUGUGUGUAGAUUAUAAAGGGAAUGGUAAAAAUCAGCCAUACUGUCAUUGAUGUCUUGUGGGUUGUGUAUUUUGUUGCCCGAGGUGGUGACUAAGUGUGGGAUUUUAGUUUGUGUUUGCUGCUUUUUGAGCAGUGUGGCAAGAUGUUUCCCUGCUCUGUUGCCUUGAGUAUAUGUUCUCAACUUAAGUUUGGUAAGGGCAUGGGCUGUUUUUGCCAGAGCAAGUGAGUUGACUUGAUUUGUGAUGUCUUUUAUUUCCUUCGAGAGGACCUGUGAGGGAUGAAGUAGGUGAGCUGUAGUAGUAUCUCUCAGUUUACGUAGGAGAUCUAAGUAUUCUUUGUCUCGCUUCCGCUUCAGGUAUGUCGCGCGGCUGAUUAGAAGGCCUCUCAUAACUGUUUUAUGGGCUUGCCAUAUUGAGAGGAUGGAGGCUUCCGAGUUAUCAUUCGUCUUGAAGUAGUCUUGUAGGUUAUUGUUCAAUGUCGUUGCGAAGGAUUUAUCGUAGAGUAAUGAAUCAUUGAGGCGCCAAGGUGGUUUGCCUCGGUGUUGGUAUAUGGAGUGUAGUGUCAUCAAUAAAGGGGCAUGGUCUGACCAUACAAUGUUGCCUAUAGAGCAUGCCUCUACUUGCGGGAGUAGCACUCCGGAUAUGAGGAUAUGGUCUAUUCUCGAGUAAGUUUUGUGUGUGUUCGAAAAAAACAUAUAUUCUCUUUCUGAGGGGUGUCUAGUUCUCCAUAUGUCAUAUAGGCUGUUUUCAUGUAUGAGUUUUGUAAACGCCUUGGCGGAUGGUUUGAGCGUGAGGUGUCUGGGUGUUGUACUUGGCAUGGUGGAGUCCAGACGUGUGUCCAUUAUGUGGUUGAAAUCGCCACAGAUGAUCCUUGGGUCUGUUGCAUCUUCAGGGAGUUUGUUUAGGACCUUGUGUAGGAAAUUUCGUUGUUGGUCAUUUGGGCUGUAGAGGCACACGAGAACGUAUGGUUGUUCAUUGAUCCUACAUUGUAGGAUUAUAUAGCGCCCUUGGCUGUCUAUCUUGACUCUGAGCGUUUCCACCGUCAGUGAGUUAUGGAACAGGAUGGAUACUCCCCUGGAUUUGGAGGAGUGUGUGGCGUGGAAUUGCGUGGGGUAGUCUCUGCUGGCAAAUUUAGGGACUUUGCCUGAUACAAAGUGUGUCUCUUGUACGCAGAUUAUGUCGGCUUUCAGUUGUUUUACAUCGUCUAGUAGCAUGCGUCUUUUGUGUGGCGUGUUGAGGCCUUUGGUGUUGUGCGAGUAGAUGAUCAUGUUUGUUGUUGUGUGGUGUGGUGGGGAGGCGGGGGGGUAGGUGAUCUCUCAGGUGUACGUUUUCAAGGCCGGUUCGUUUGCGAGUGGUUUACACUGGUGUGCAGGGUUGGGUUGGGUUUGUUGGGGUGGUUGGGGUGGGUCUCGUGGUGGUAUGGGAAUUUUAUACAAAGACCUAGCGGUCUGGUACUCUAGGCGUACCGUGGGGUUUAGGAGCGGGAGCUUCCAAUGAAACGUGGCUAAUUGGGCUCCUCUUCAAAUACAGAUGGUUAAGCUGAAACCUCAAAGUCGAGGUCAAUGAACAUUUAAACAUGAAUACAUAACUAUAACAGCAUGUAAUUUGAAGCAUCAUUUACAUAACAAAUAACAUUUAAUGCCGAAGGGCAAGCAAGUACUUUUCACUUUCCUCACAAGUGGGUUUUAUGUCACCUGUCGUCACUGAGUAUAGAUGAGGUGUCUCAUGCCCCCGGGACCCAGUGCGCCUAUUUCGUGGGCAGUUGUUUCGCGUGGUGUGUUCAGUGUGUAGUCAUGAGGCCUGGUGUAGGUACCAGUGGGGCAGAUGGUUGUCGUCCAGGGUGGUCAGCCCCUUUUUUUUUUUUUUUUUUGUUUUAAGUUUUUUACGUUCGUGAUAAGUACCACUUCCGUCCCUUGGGUUAAGGUUUUCAGGGCCCUUAGGUACUGUCAGCAUGUGUGUUUGGGCAGUUAGUGACUACCUCAUAGGCUUCACCCGUGUCAGGCGCGUCUGUCCCCUCGUCUGCAGGCAGUGCGCAGGGUGUUGUGCCUAGCAAGGUUACGGCAGUCGGGGUCUAUGUCCGGAGCUGUCCGCCUCCCUUUGUCCCACGUGACCUCCCCCCAUGUGGGUGUCGAAAGGAUCCCUAGAGGGUCUGUUGUAGCGCAUGCGUAUCUGGGUAGUCAGACCCCCCGUUUUCAGAAGGUGUUGGCUAGCCUUGGGUAUAUUUAAAUGGUACCUAAGAGGCUAAUAAAACACUGGGGGAGAUUCUCACACUCCUAGGUUUUAAGCAACUUGUCGCUCUAAGUUAAUGUGUUGGGUUACUGUAUGCGCUAUGCAUGCAGUGUAACAUCUCUCGGGGGUGGUGGGGAGUUCAGUAUUAUAUACAGUUAGAAGCACAGUGCAUAAAAGACAUGUGUAAAUUAAACCGCAAUGAAAGUUAGAGGAAUAUACAGUUCAUGAUACUUGCGCAGACUUGCUUGCCGCUUCGAGGGUAACUUAACAGUCCAUGUGCUUUGGCCGGCCCGGUGUGCGGUUUUUGGGCCGUUGGGUUUCAGACGGGUUCUCCAAUAAAUUCCACUUUUCGAGCAGAGUUAAACCGUCCUCCGGGGUCGGGAUAAUGGUCGUUUUCCCGUUCUUAUUGAUGAUCAGUUUUGUGGGGAACCCCCAGCGGUAGCGUAUGCCGUUGGUGCGUAGUGCCGUGGUGGUCCGGAGAAAAUCCUUCCUUCGGCGCAGGGUGGCUGAUGAUAUGUCCGGCAUGAUGCGUACGGAUGGAAAGUCUUCGUGUGGGUCCGCCUUGCUUCUGUGGGCACAGAGGACCAGCUCUUUGAUGUGAAAAUAAUGGGCCCUGAGGAGUACAUCUCGUGGUAUUGAAUCCGGCAGGUUCUUCGGUUUCGCCACCCUGUGGAUCCGGUCCACUAACAGCAUGUCUGCCGGUAUGUCGGGGGCAUAUGCUCUCAUAAGGCCCCUUGCGUAGGCCUGUAGAUCUUCAGGGAGGACAGACUCGGGAACACCGCGGAGCCGCAGGUUGUUCCUGCGUGCCCUGUCUUCGUGGUCUGCCAUGCGGUCCUCCAUGAGUGCCACCUUCCGUUGGAGGUCUUGGAGGUGUUCCGAGGUCAGCGUUUGUGCGGCCUCUAGUUCUGUGUGGCGUUUUUCCACCGCCGAGGUCCGGGCCGAGAGGUCUCUCACCUCUCUUUUAAUUUGAUCGGCCGUCUGCUGCCAGGUCUGGAUGAGUUUAUCCGCCAUUUGUUCCAUUGCAUGCUCAAAGUGGCUUCUAGUUAGAUUUUCCGCAAUGUGGAGGUCUGUCAAUGUCCCAGAGGGGGUGAUCGAGGCGGCUUCGUCUCGUUCCUCGUGUCCGGCUGCCUGUAGCGGGUCCGCCGUGAGGGAGGGUUUGUGACCGAAAAAAUUAAUUUUUUCUGCCUUCGAGGUAUUUUUCUUUGUUUUAGAUGCUGCCAUUAUGUUUUGGGGGAGGUAAGUAGGGUUUCAGCUCGGGUGCAGUUAUAAUUUGUGGAGCCCUCGUGCCGGAGCAAAUUUUCAGGCGUCCAUCUUGCUCGGCGGUUAGCCACGCCCCCCGUGUUGCAAUAUCUUGAAGAUUCUUAUUCAUUUUGUUGGGCCUUUAUUUGAAAAUCCUUGACCCUUUUUAUCAAUGUGCACCUGUACUGCACAGUCAUAAAAUGUUUUUCAAAUGCUCACAUUGACGGUGUUGGAAUUUCACUGAAACUCCAAUGCAAUCAGAAGAUAUCACAAGACUAAAUAGGGACUCCCUGGUCACUUUGUGCCAUUGCACAGCAAGUGGAGAUGUCUCCUUUGAGGGAAUUUGCAAAAUAUGCAAGCACCCAGGAAGAUGACUGAGCCACGUGAACAAAAUUGGGUAUAUUGUAUUUUUAAAAUUUAAUUUAUUUAUAAUUACUGUUAUGAAUAAGAUAUACAUAGUUAUGUGCUCCCUUAACUUAAACAAAUAGAUAUUCGUGAAGUAUGAAAAAUAAAAUUAAAUGAGGAAAUCCCCACCCUUACUUCCAUCCUUAUUCUGCAACAGGGUGCCCUUCCCUCUUAACUCUGUCAAUCAUUGUUAUAAGAUCUCUUUUGCACCUGGCAGUCAACAUAGAGAAAGCAUACAGACUAUAGGAGAAAUUAAGUCAUGGUUUUUAUUUAUCCUUCUCAUCUGCAUUGUGUUCCCUGCCUUUGCCUUCUUAGAAUUGGAUUAUGAUAUAAUUUGAUAAACCUUUUUAAUAUAAAUUUAAAAUAACAUGUAGCCUCUCACAAGGAAAAGAAAGGUUAACAUAAGUUAUAGGCAAUUUCCAAUGUUUCACUGAAUAGUUUACAGGUGCCUGUACUGCUGAUGAUCAAAAUCCACCUCUCCAAAACAAAAGAAUUAAGGAAGAGUUAACUGGAGGAGGGGAUUGGGGACCUGGCAGUUUGCACGUGGGUGACAUAGCAAACUGGGACAUUGGAGACACAGGGGAGCCCCAUUUAUUAAAUCCAGGGGUCAAAUGGCUUUUUACCCACAAGUUUGAGAAGUACUGUUUUAGAGCUUUUUUUUUAUAGUUUGCUAAAUUUAAAGGAACACUAUAGUCACCUAAAUUACUUUAGCUAAAUAAAGCAGUUUUAGUGUAUAGAUCAUUCCCCUGCAAUUUCACUGCUCAAUUCACUGUCAUUUAGGAGUUAAAUCACUUUGUUUCUGUUAAUGAACCCCUAGCCACACCUCCCCUGGCUAUGAUUGACAGAGCCUGCAUGAAAACAAAACUGGUUUCACUUUUAAACAGAUGUAAUUUACCUUAAAUAAUUGUAUCUCAAUCUCUAAAUUGAACUUUAAUCACAUACAGGAGGCUCUUGCAGGGUCUAGCAAGCUAUUAACAUAGCAGGGGAUAAGAAAAUCCUAAUUAAACAUAACUUUUCAGAGAAACUGCUAUGUUUAUAAAUUGGUUAAUCCCGCCUCUAAAGCCUCUAGUGGCUGUCUCAUUGACAGCCGCUAGAGGCAUUUGCGUGCUUCUCACUGUGAAAAUCACAGUGAGAAGACGCCAGCGUCCAUAGGAAAGCAUUGUAAAUGCUUUCCUAUGAGACUGGCUGAAUGCGUGCGCAGCUCCUGCCACGCAUGCGCAUUCAGCCGAGGAGGCGGAGAGGAGGAGGAGAGUUCUCCGCCCGGCGCUGGAGAAAGGUAAGAUUUUAACCCCUUCCUCUCCCCAGAGCCCGGGGGCACCCUCAGGGCAGUAUAGUGCCAGGAAAACGAGUAUGUUUUCCUGGCACUAUAGUGGUCCUUUAACAGAGAAGGAAAUCACAUUUUCUAAAGUAAUCACACUAUGCUAUAAGAUCUGAUUGAAUGUGAAACCAUUAUUUUUUUCAUGUUGGCUAUGUGUGUCACAGCAAGUAAGAAGUGUGACUAGACCAUUAUAAACAAAAGUGAUUUAACUUCUAAAUAGCAGAGAAUUGUGUAGUGAGACUUCAGGGGCAUAAUCUGUACAUUAAAACUGCUUCACUAAGCUAACGUUGUUUUGGUGCUUAAACAUCUCUCUUUAAAGUGGAACUGUCAUUUGUGUGCGUGUUGUGUAUAUUUAAAAAAUAAAUAAAUUGUUUUCCUCUUUCCGCGCAACUUUAAAUUAAAUGUUAGUUAAUGUUUUUUUGGUUUUUGGAUUUUUUUUUUUACAUCUAUUUAUUUAUGUUAAGGCUGCAUGGUAUGCCUAUUAUCAUAACCCCAGAGACACGUUGUGGGACACAAAAAGAGUUCAAACCCCACACAUGAGCACAUCUAGGGCAUCAUUAUAUGAUCUAUAUGGUUAGCUACGGAAUGGAUAUCAUGGCUAAAUGUGUAAUAUGGCGAUAAAAUAUAGAUGGAAAUGCAAUAUGGUGAUAAAUGCAACAAUAAAAUAUAGAUAAAUAUGUAAUGUGAUGUGAUAAAAACAACGAUAACAUCUAGAUAAAUAUGUAAUGUGGUGAUGUUGCUGUUAUUGCUUUCAUUUAAGCUAAUUUUUAGUAGAUGUCUUCCUAGCUUCUCCUGUGGCAACCUUGGAUCUGAGCCAUUUGGCUCCUGUUCCUUUAAAAAAGGUUUAUUUUGGUUAAAACAUAUCAAGUGGCCACGUGAUACAAUGUAACAUUUAGUAGGAUCUGUCACAUCCUUUUAAAUAUCCGUACAUAUGAUACUUUGUCUCUAAAAUAAAUACAUGCAUUUUAUAUAUUUUGGCGCUCCCUAUAUUAUUUACUUUAUCCAAGAAGUUGCCUAUAUUUAGUGGGAUAACACACUAUUUAGUUGUUUUAUAUUGCAAAGGAACCACUCAAUUUUAAGUGUUGGGCAUGGGUAGGGUUACUUGCGCUUUAUUUUUUUAUAAUAAUUCAUGUCUUUGCUAAUCGUAGAGAUUAGUUGUAUUUGUUCUAUAGAAAACUUUCAAACCAUUUAAAUAUAUUGUGGCUUCUCUGUUGAUUUGUUUCACCCUAACAUUUUUCUUGUAUUCCUGCUCACAGAUGGGGAGUCCUUCCACUCGUCUGACACGAUCCUUUUGGAUCAUGCUAACACCGCAAAGCUGCGUAUAAAGGAGGAAAGGUCGGAGUCUCGAGGGAGCUCCUCAUUACCCAAUGAAAAUGACCUAUUGGGUACAGAUGGAGAAGGCUCCUCCCACAGCGCUGGUAAGUAUAUGUUUUGAAGCAAAAACAAAGACUAUGAGAACUCGAACGGACAAAAGCUUAAAGAAACUCAGAAGCUUGCCCUUUGGUAAAUCCAUGCUCCGGUUUCAAAAUAAUUUUUGCUCACUUGUGCAAUUACAGAGAGAACCUAUCUGAAGCACUUUAGACUGGUCCCACCCGUAAGAGCAGUCCAGAACCGAAAUGCCAGCAAGUUUACAUUUUAAACUCUGGUUGGCUGAAAACUAGUUUAAAAUCGAACCAUCAAUACCUAGAUUCUUGCAGAACCCAGUAGCAAUAAGUUGGCUGUAAAAUAAAACAUUAAUUCCCAAAAAUCUCAGUAGUUUUCAUUUUAGUUGCAAUGCCAGGCAUGAGAUUUAAUUUACAUUAGCCUCGGAUUGUCAUUAACUUGAUGUGAGGGAACAAGGAAAUAUUCCUUCCAGAGAAGAAACUGAUCGCUUUCAUCAUUUUUACAGUACUUAAAAACAAGAAAUAAAAGCUUAAUAACUGUUUGACAUUUGGUGAAUAGCUAGUCUGUACAUUUAUAAUAAAACAGCAGUGGUGCAUAUACAUUGCGUUUUGAGUAUACCUUAAGCAAGAUAAAGAAAAUGUGAAUUUGUAUAAUUUUGCAAUCAUUCUGUUACAGACUUAUUGGGAGGAGGACUAGUUUUCCUUAUUGUGUGUCCCUCAUCUUUGUGUUUGUGUUUUUUUUUUGUUUUUUUUUAACAUAAAUAAAAUUUAGUUACCAUGCUUGAGGGCAUUUAUAAGGAGCAUAUAGGUAGGGUAUAAUGGAUUUGGUAGUGGUUAAAGAUGAUCAGGUCUCAUUAAUAUUUUGGUGUAUUCAUGCGAUUUCAAUAAUGUGAGGAAAUGUAUUAGCAAUGCUUACCUCAUUCUGUUGGGUUAAUAGUGGCACUUAAUUGAGGUCAAAGGCAUUGUGUCUAGAUUAGGAACCGCAUGAUCUGUGUAUAUCUAAAUACUUGUAUAUUUUAACAGCUGAGGAACCAGAGCGGAAGAGGAAGAAGGGUCCGGCGCCAAAGAUGCUGGGAAAUGAGGUUUGCAGUGUCUGCGGGGACAAAGCUUCUGGAUUCCACUACAAUGUACUCAGCUGCGAAGGCUGUAAAGGUUUCUUCCGGCGGAGUGUCAUAAAAAAUGCAAAGUACACAUGCAAGAAUAAUGGCAAGUGCCAGAUGGACAUGUACAUGCGUCGCAAGUGCCAGGAGUGCAGACUUCGGAAAUGCAGACAAGCAGGCAUGCGGGAACAGUGUGAGUGAGCAAACAUUCCUGGUACAAUGGUACUUGGGAUAGUUUAUAGGAAAAGGCACUUGAAAGAGAUUGAGAGAAUUCCCGGAGGUGGAUUGAUUCAAACCUUUUUUUCAAGUCAUUUGUUGGUUAUUUAAUCAGAUGUAUAUAGAUGGACUUAUGUUCCAGGUAGAGCCAGAUCAACUUAAAAGGCUUUCUGGGAGAAAGGUUAACAGGUUUAUCCCAUUUUCAGAGCUAUACACAAGAUAUGUUUAGCAUGUGGUGUGUGCAUGUGCCAGAGGCUCUCCUGGUGCUUAAUGCAGGAGUGUGAUAUUGCCUGGUGAACCAGUAGGAAGCCACAAGUACAUGUAUGCAAUGUCAGCCAUUUUCCAUUGAGCCUAUUCAGCCUAUUGAGUGUGCAUCCCAGAUUGCUUAAACCAGAAAAGGUAAGCAUUUUUGAGGGGGCACAAGAAUAAUACUUGUUAUACCAAAAAGGAAGAUUUGGGGAAAUCUCCCAAGAGAGGCCUAGGAAUCAAGUAGAAUAGACUGGAAAAAAAAUAGAAAUGAGAAAACGGUCACUUCCUCCUGAAGACCUUUUCUAACGUCUUACAAUGUUGCUGUACAUGGCAAUUACGUCUCAUAGACAACUACUGCGUCUAGGUCCCCAGCGUUGGAUUACAGGCAACUUUUAUGUCAUUUUUUAACUUUUGCUUUACUUUUUUAUUUUUUUAUUUUAAGAACAAAGAGAAAUCCUGCAUCUCAACAAACAAAAAAACAGCCUAAAUUUUAGUGUUAAAAAUCAAUAUAUUUAUUCAUUUUUAAUGUCUGUGUUCCUGAGGGCUUUUUGUGGCACAGAAACCCCAUGGUGCUUUGCAAGAUACCGCUGCAUUAUGGGAAUUCUAUACCAAUAUCUGAGAGCGACAUUUAGGAUAUUGAUGACCUAGCGUUGUUGCAUGGUUUUAGGAUAUCACCAUUUUUGGGUUUGUACAUUGUAGAGGGAACAUUUGUGGGAUUUUAGCAGUCUCAUCCUUUGGAGUGCCCGAGGUUAUAUUUAACAUGUUCCGCCUUUGUUGUCAGCCAGAAGCAAUAACAAAGGAAGUUUGUGGCUGUGUUGUUCAUUACAUCAAUCCUUUCCUUUACAAAAAACUCAAAAAAUGUAUGACCCAUUAAUUACUAUGUAUAAUAUCUAGUUGCUAAUACUCUGAUCAAGAUUGCUUGUUGCAAACUAGUCAUGGAAUGUAGCAAAAGGCUACAGGAGGAGGACCCUACCUUGCACAUUAAUGGCUGUUUUUUGAGCCUCUCAACAAGCUUACAUUUUGAGCUGCUCCAUAUUUUAUCAAUUCACUUUGUGUUCCGUAAAACAAACCACAUAUCAAUAAUACUUUGUAACAGUUUUCUCAUAAUGAAAGUGGUUUAACAUACAAUGUGCAAAGUAGCCACAAAGUCACAUGACAGAAGCUUGUGGAUUUGAGAAGCCUCUGAUUGGCCCGCAACCCAAGUGUUGUCAGGAGGGGGUCGUGGAAGAGCAGCUCGGGAAGCUUUGCCUGGCGCUGGAUUUCAGGUAAGUAAAAUAUUUUAUUACAGGUUUAACAGCACUUUGAAAGGGGGCAGACUUCUCCACAAUGCACAAUAGGGAAUAUUACACCAGAAAGGCACACUACUACUUAAUUCCAUUCCCAGCCUCCCACACCCCCCUUUGUUUUUCAACAAUUUUCAUUGUGCUGUCAGUGUGAUCCUGACUUAAAUGUGUCCUCUUACAGUAUGUGUGCUGCUUUAUUGUAUAGGUGUGCUUUCGGAAGAACAGAUCCGUAGUAAAAAGAUAAGAAAGCAGCAACAGGACGAUGAUGUUGUGCGCUCCACGGCAGUAUUUGUUCCCCCAAGCCCUUGUAUGCUGUCCCAAGAUAUUGUCCAGCUCACUCCACAGCAAGAAGAGAUGAUCCAGCAACUGGUAUCAGCACAGCAGCAAUGCAACAAGAGAUCGUUCAGUGAUCAGCCCAAAGUAACGGUACAAAGUAACGGAAAUUAUAUGUCUACACCAAGUGUGCCGAUAUGUUUGCACUAUUCCAUAACCUCACAUUCUCAUCUAUUUGUGAGUUUGUUGGACAUAGACUUAGUUAAAGGGACACUAUAG